AUGCAGAAUCCGUCGCAAGGAGUCGCAACACAGCUCCAGCCCCAUCUACAUUUGAUUUCCGCCCACCGCUACCCCCAUGUCGCCACGUUCAGCAUCGAGCAGGCAUAUCGCUACCUGCUCGAUGCGCCCUCGAUUGUCAAGCAGAUUGCGCCCAUGUCCUGGCAGUAUCUCAUAGCACCGAGUGACGGACAAUUGUGGCUGGAAUGGCUACCAUUGGAUAAGACCGAGCAUCCGUACCCAUCAGACGGCUACGCGUGGGGCGACAUGGAGCAAGUCAUGCGGCACGACUAUGGCGGAUAUCAGAUUGAAAUGCGCGUGCACCAUCUGGGCUACCGUCCGGGUCAUGAUCAGAUGAGCCAACGCGCACGCACUCGUUAUCAUUUCGUGGCUAAAAAUCCCUCAAUCAACGCGCCACCUCCCGAUCCCUCGCUUUGGCUGGUCCACUAUCAUCAAGCGGAUCAUAGCAGGUGGAUGCCCACAAGCCAAUUUCCUGUCACUCCCCACCUGCAGCAGACCGUCGCGCAGCGUCGAUGGUUAGAGAGCCUGGGCCGCAUCGAGCGAAGGGAAUUCAUGCUACACGAUCGCGAGCACUGGCCACAAGUUCAUCUACCUGGAGGCUCACAGCAACAGCAGCCAGGACAGUACAACAAUGCCCUGAAUGCCAUGCAGAUGAACCAGAACCGCUUCGCGCAGUCCCAUUAUCCGCAGCAAGCAGGCAAUCCCCGAGAAGCUAAAAAGCCACGCCUGGACGGUCCUGUAUCGCGUGUGAUGCCUGGAUCUAGCGAAGGGGCACCAGAUAUGAGCAUCGAGACUGAAGAGGACACGGCACUUGGCGAUUUCUUCGAUCAUUUAACGCAGCGCGACAUCAGCAUGGUGAGAUACACACAGCAUCACCAAUGGAUGGAGCAGGUCUUCUCGUCACCAUACGCUUCCCAUCAGAUUGUGCCUACGGAUCUCGGACUGGGCUUGAUGGGUGAACUGAAAGGGUUGACGGACGGCAUUCUUGAUCCGCCUGACAUGGGCUUUGCGGAGCCUGCGGGCGAGAAGCCGGCAAAAGUUCAAGAGGUGCAGCCGUUCACCAACAUCAGGAAAGAGAAGGUCGAGGAAUUCAACAAGCGCGUGGAGAAACAUUUAAAGGAAGGGCGAGCAGAGAUUGAGCGAAUGAAGGCAGAGCACGCGGCAAAGAUGCAGGAUUGGAAGAAGGUCAAGGCGUUGACACAGGCAGAGAAGCGCCUCCGACAUGCGACUUGGGAAGGUCACGAGGAUGCAGUGCCUGCCUUGCGGUUGGAGGCACCGAUUCCAAACGGCCAAGCCGAGCAUGCCUCGAUCGGAAAGGAGAACGUCGAAGAUGUUGUCAAGGAGGUUGAGAGCAUGCUCAAAGUGAAGAUAACAGCUCACGACGAAGCCAAUCGCAUUGCACGAGGCGGAUUGCAGGAUAGAAAACAAUCUAUGGUAGAGGCAGCUCCCGAGCCUCAAGACACAUCCAUGGCCGGCAUGAGCAAUGGCAGUCAACAGCAGCAGCAGCACGCACAGCCGUAUAAUAUGGCUUCCAACGGAGCCAGGGAGCCGACUACAUACCACGAAGAUCCCAUGGCGAGCACGCAAACUGCAAUGCCCUCACAAACGCCACAAGCGGAGAGCCAACAAUCACAAAACCAGCCACAACCUCUCCCAAUUACAGGCGACAGCCUUGGAGAUAUGCCAGACCUGGACAUGAGCGACGCUCUGAUGCAGGACAUUGACAUGGGAGACUUCGUCGACACGAACAAUCUUGGUGGGUUGGGCGGUAAUGAUGUGGCAGCUCCCGCAGCAACCGCGGCCGGUCAGAGCAAUCCGCCUGCUACAGCACCGUCAAUUAGCAAUGCCUCUUCGACCGCCCCGCAAACUCAACCCAGUAUGACGCAGUCAGCGCCGCAGCAGGAUCAGCCGAGCGCAACGCAAGCAGUCAACGAUGCAGGGAGCGGUGUGGCUAUCGGUGGCGAGGCUGGUGAUAACUUUCUCAACGACACGUUUGGCGAUUUGGCAAAUCUCGAGGACGGUGAUGGGUUGAUCGAUUUCGGGGGUGGAAUGGACGAUGCUUUUGGAGAUGCUCUACAUGGAAUGGACGGUUGA